UCCGUAACAACUUCUCUGUUACUUCACCAUCACCUUUAUCGAGUUCCUCCUGUCUUCCAGUGCCUCGUGUUCUCCUUCUGUAUGGUACACGACCAUCUAGCAGUGGUUGGCUAGUUGCAUCUCUGCUCUUGUCGACACUAGAGAAAUAAACUUUUCCCCAUGCCAUUUUUAGACUUGCCCGUGGACCUCUUUCUGUCUAUUUUUCGCUUCCUCAGCCUUAACGACAUUCUGAGGAUAAGGCAGGUCUGCAGGUACUUGCAAGAGGUUUGUGGACUGCCUAGCGUCUGGCAUCUCCUCCUUCGCACACAAAUCAUAGAACAGAGUAUACCCUUCCCUUCAGGACCUCCGGGAUGGCUUAACAGCGUAGGCGCAAGGGAGCUAGAAGGCCUCGUUGUCCGUGCUGUUCGAGCCCGCCGCAACUGGACUUCGCCGUCGCCCCGCGCCACGAGGCAACUUGAAAUCAGUAUCGCGCCGACCAGAUUACCCGCCCAGCAAAGACGGGUGAUUGCACUCAAAUUUUUCACUCGUGGCUCGCACUCUUACAUACUCUCCGCUGCACUCAGUAUUCAUACACAGCCGAAUCCUCCCCAGCUUUGUAUCGAGUGCUGGGAUAUUAACCGCACCCCCUUGUGUAUCGCGAGGCGCCAAGGGCCAUGGCUGGGGGGAUGCGCCUUCAAUAAAGAUCCUUCUUACCCACCUUCCGUCGCGGUUAAAGGCCAAGAUUCUGGUCUUCACGUAUUCGCAAUCUCCACUACCGCCGAUACCCCAAGCGCCGCCUUCACCACCGUCGCCAGGAUACCUGGUCCGGUACACGAGCUCCUCGCAUUUUCAGGAUCCGUCGUCUUGAUACGCAGUAAUACUGAUCAACUUUUCAUUUGUGACGUACGGGCCGCGGGACACCGCAUGGAACUUGUCAGGCCUCCUCUCCCGCCUCCUCAGACUCAAGCCGCACAACCAACUCAGGCUGAAGCAUGUUUCGAAACCCUUAUUUUCAAUGACUUCCUAGUCAUCCUACGAUCCAGGUUCCUUGCGAUCUACUCCCUCCGUCUAUUCUGUCAGUCAACGACGAGUCGAGGUGUCCUUCACCCCCUGGCGCAUCACGUCUGGCAAUGGACUGUCGAUUCAGGUCGUCUAGCCUUCCACACUUCCCACACACGGGGUCCCCAGCCCAUUAGCGUUUUAAUCAGAUUUGCAAGCUCAUUUCCUUGGCCCACAAAUAUGCUCAAUCACUUCGUCAUAUAUCCCAACCCUCCAGGGUCACACUCGCUCUACGACUUCAUUCCGAUUCAAGUGCAGACUAUAUCCGCACCAUUACGGCUUUUCGCUUUAAGCGACAUGGCUAUCGGGGAGCAUAAUACGGCGGUGUGGUUGGACACGGACACUGAAAGUUAUUUCCUACAGGCGUCUUCGGGGCAAAGGCUUGCUGGUUGCAUCCUUAGUGCUGUCAACCACGGCCAAGUCAUGUACAUGAAUGCUUCGUCUGUGUACAAUGUGCAUGAAGACGCCAGUUGGACCAGGGUGACCUUAGACGAGAGAAAUAGCAAGAUAGCCAUUGGAACGCUAGAUGGAAGGAUAAUUAUUUUGGAACUUGCAUAAGCUAGCUGCAUGCUCUCGCUUUACCUGGGUUCUUACGCUUAAUGUAGAUGACCGA